UUGGAGCGGCGGCUCCCGGCUCGGCAGGUCUUCUGUAUUGGUUGAAAUGUCUUUGAUUUUAUCCGCCUCAGUCAUCCGUGUCAGAGAUGGACUGCCACUUUCUGCUUCCACUGAUUAUGAACAAAGCACUGGAAUGCAGGAGUGCAGAAAGUAUUUUAAGAUGCUAUCAAGGAAACUUGCUCAACUUCCUGAUAGAUGUACACUGAAAACUGGACGUUACAACAUUAAUUUUAUUAGCUCUCUGGGAGUGAGCUACAUGAUGUUGUGCACUGAAAAUUACCCCAAUGUUCUCGCCUUCUCUUUCCUGGAUGAGCUUCAAAAGGAAUUUAUUACUACUUAUAACAUGAUGAAGACAAAUACUGCUGUCAGACCAUACUGUUUCAUUGAAUUUGAUAACUUCAUUCAGAGAACCAAGCAGCGAUAUAACAAUCCCAGGUCUCUAUCAACCAAGAUAAAUCUGUCUGACAUGCAGAUGGAAAUCAAGCUGAGACCCCCUUAUCAGGUUUCCAUGGGUGAACUGGGGUCAGCCAACGGAGUCACAGCUGCAUUUUCUGUUGAUUGUAAAGGUGCUGGCAAGAUUUCUUCUGCUCACCAGCGACUGGAACCAGCUACUCUGUCAGGGAUUGUGGCAUUCAUCCUUAGUCUUUUAUGUGGAGCUCUGAAUUUAAUUCGAGGCUUUCAUGCCAUAGAAAGUCUCCUACAGAGCGAUGGUGAGGAUUUUAAUUACAUCAUUGCGUUUUUCCUUGGAACAGCAGCCUGCCUUUACCAGUGUUAUUUACUCGUCUACUAUACCAGCUGGCGGAACGUCAAGUCGUUUUUGACAUUCGGCUUACUUUGCCUGUGCAACAUGUAUCUGUAUGAACUACGCAACCUCUGGCAGCUCUUCUUUCAUGUGACCGUGGGAGCGUUUGUAACCCUGCAGAUCUGGCUCAGGCAAGCCCAGGGCAAGGCUCCGGACUACGAUGUCUGACACCGCACCCCUGAGACGCAAUGCCUUGGCUCCGGGGCAGGGGACAAGGGAGCACGCAUCCCCGCGGCCGCUGUGACCGAGAAACUGCACCACGAGCGAGGGGCUCUGCUCUCUUUCUCUCCUUCUUGCCACUUUUUCAGUUAGCAUGGUGUGCCGUGAGCGUGCAGGACCUGCCAAGAAAACUCUGCUCCAUCCUCCCAAGGAACCCUGGCCAUGCCGGGAAGGCCUGUCUGUGAACGGCAAUGGGAAACACCGGCUGAUGCCACCCGAGUCCUUGCUGAAGCGACCACACAGAGAAUAGGUGCAGAACCUGCUCUGGGCCCCAGGCAGGCGUGCCACUACCCCAGCUUGCCUUUGUGAGGCGAUAGGACAGACUGGACCAAGAGGCUGCAGGAAUCGGCACACCUGCUUCCAACAGAGGACUCUGCUGAAUGUCAUAUUACUCACACACCUAACGGUACCAAGGGCUUGUGUCGUCCAGGAUCUCUGUGAAGUUGUCUCUUUUUAUAUUUCGCUUCACUCGUAACUCUGGAAACCAUCUUGUCUAGGAGAGGCUGUGGUGAGCUCAUCCUAGACUAUCACACACAUUGCAAAUACACUGGCGUGUGUUUCCUUCUCUACCACGUUUGUUAUUUCUUUGGAAGUCACUUUAAAAAUUGGAUUCACUAGAUUACAGCCGUUGUUGCCCAAACUUUAGUCACUGAGGUACUACCAUACACUAUUAUUGACCUAAUGGUGUUAAGUUUUAUAAAAUAUUCUAAAAAGCAACAAGUCAUAUCAUGAGUUGAAAAUCAGUAACCAGAGUCAGUUUGCCAUAAAUAAAAAAUCAACAUGAAAUAAAUAAGAACAUUUAAAAUA